AUGGAUAGAUGCAAACAUGUGGGGCGGUUACGGCUCGCCCAGGACCACUCCAUCCUGAACCCGCAGAAGUGGCGCUGCCUGGAGUGCGCCACCACCGAGUCGGUGUGGGCGUGCCUCAAGUGCGCGCACGUGGCCUGCGGCCGCUACAUGGAGGACCACGCGCUGAAGCACUUCCAGGAGACCGGGCACCCGCUGGCCAUGGAGGUCCGCGAUCUCUACGUGUUCUGCUACCUGUGCAAGGACUACGUGCUCAACGACAACCCCGAGGGGGACCUGAAGCUGCUGAGGAGCUCGCUCCUGGCCGUGCGGGGCCAGCAGGACCGGGCCGGGCGCGGGAGGACGCUGCGCUCCAUGGCUUCGGGCGAGGACGCGGCCCUGCCCCCGCCGCCGCGCGCGCCUCACGGACAGCCGCAGAUGCUCACGGCGCUGUGGUACCGGCGCCAGCGCCUGCUGGCCAAGACGCUGCGGCUGUGGUUCGCCCGGAGCUCGCGGGGCCGGGCCAAGCUGGAGCGUCGGCGGCAGGAGGAGGCGCUGGAGCACAAGAAGGAGGCGGCGCGCCAGCGGCGGCGCGAG